AUGGAAGCCUCGAUAGAAGUAGAAGCAAACAGCGAAGCUAGCCAGGUAAUAUUAAUUUCAUCAUGUUUGCAUGCAUGUAUUGUCUUCGUAGUAUAAAUUAGUAAUAAUAUGCAUAUAUAAUUGUAGUUUAUAUAAAGUACGUAUCUAUAUUAAUAUUGAUCAUGUGUUUAGCGAUCAUGAGUCAGUCCCUCGGCAACAUCUCUAUGCAAAAUUUCUACUGUUAACACAAAAACGUCGAUAUUUUAAAUAGGCUAAAACAUGCAAACGUGUAUUAAAUUAAUCAAAGUUUUGAACGAUAUUCAGGUACAAAAGCAUGCAUUUUGAUUAACAUUUAAUAUAACAAUGAAACCGAAUAGUACACGGUCAGGUAGUUCAAAUUGUUUACAACAUUGGGUUUUAUAAUAUCGAGGUCUAUGUACUAUUUAAAUACUGCUUUGUACGAUUUAUAUAAAAAGUUUCGAAGGAUUUUCAAGAUGAUUGAAUGUGAUAAUUUAAUGAUGAAUUACUGCAAAAUUUAAGCACGACUAAAAUCAUAAUAUUUAAUACUGCUAUAUAGUCUAGCGAAAGCGAGUUUGAUACAUGAUUGUGUAAGAGGUUAAAUUGUUCUCAUUUUUCUUAUUUAAAAGUGAUUUGCGACACAGAUUUUUGUUGUGUUGGUUUGUCGUUUCUUUUUAUAGUGUGUAUUAUAUCUAGCUCAUUUUGGUUCAAUAUAUUCUUUACGUGUUACAUGUAAAUACGAUUUAAAAUGUCUUGUUUACGUUUGCUAUUUUUAGCAGUUCGCGUGACAUAAAACCACUGCAUGAAACUGACAUUUGAACUAAAAUUAUUUUCGGGUAGGUCUCGUAGUUUUGAAAACAGGUGUAAGCAAAUAAGCAAUUAACCCAUUGAGUCGCAUUGUGCCCUGAUGCACCCCACUUUAUUAUUUUACUAUGUCUAUACACCAGAUUAUUUUACUCUGUCUAAUGCCAGCUGACUUUACUCGUCAAGGGGAAAGCAUUUUUAAUAGCACUUAGUUAAUGGGUUGAUAAAAACUAAACUUUAAAACAUUUAUGUAUAUAGGUGAAACAUUUUCUUCUUUUAAUUGGUGUUACCCAGGAUGUGGCACAGACAUUUGAGGAUGAAAAGGUUUGAAUAUGUCUAAUUAUGUUAUCUUUUAUAUAUUCUCAUGUGCACAUUCAUUCAUGACUAUACUAACUGCGAGGAAUGUUGUGCCUGAGGCCUUUUCAGGGGGUAUUAAUUGCUCAUAGGGGAGUUUAUUUUAAGUAAAAUUGAGAUACUUUAUCUUAACCUUGUUUCUAAACAAAUAAUAAUUUAAUAAUAAUAUUUUAAUAUUAAUUUAACAACAACAACAACAACAACAACAACAACAACAACAACAACAACAACAACAACAACAACAACAACAACAACAACAACAACAACAACAACAACAAUUAAAUAAUUAAAUAAUUAAAUAAUUAAAUAAUAAUAAUUAAAAUAAUAAUAAUAAUUAUUAUUAUUAAUAAUGGUUAUUAUUAUUUUAAUUAAUAUUAAUAAUUUUUUUAAUAAUAAUUUUUAAUUUCUAAUUUUUUUUUGACAUAUUUUAUUUUUUAAUAAACACGCUAAAAAAUGCAACUGGAUAGUACUUACAUUAAACUGUUUCAUAAAUUUUCCAAUACAACGUACAGUUCAUACACACCCCUUUGGAAAUCUUCAUCUUCCAUAUCCAUGGAAAUUGAAAAUAUAAAAUGUCUAACGAAAACUGAAUUGCCAGCCUUCUGGAAGUUAUUUGCCUGUCUAUUUAUACCCUGACUUUAAAUUUUACUUUUAACGUUUAGUUGUACUUUUAACGUUUAGUAGUACUUUUAACGUUUACCACAAGACUGCCUUAUAGAUGUUAUCCAGCAUGGGAAUGUCAGUUUUGAGCUUUUCCAUUUUAUAGGAGAUACUACACAUUGUAUGAAAUAACCGCUGAAAAUCCAUAAAUGAUAACAAAUGAGAAAUACAAAAAUUAAAAAAUAAAACAUAACCUGUGCAGAGUAUUUUAAUUUAUUCCGCCAUUUAUGCAAAUAUGUUCUAAACUGAUUAUAUUAUCAGAUAAUACUUAUAUACUUAAUAAAUAACAUUUUCUUUAUAAGUGUAUUUUAAUAAAAAUAUAUAAAUGUUACUUAUUUUAGAUGACGUAUAAUGCCAUUUUAAAAGCGUCAGAUGAACAACUAAAAAAUUACCUUGGUCUCACAAGACUUGGUGAUCGUUUGUCCUUGCGAUCAUUCUGUGAAAAUCACCAUGGCAAGAAUGAUGGAUGUUCUAAGGCAGACACUGAUUUAAGAAAGAAGCGUUUGAUAGAAGAGCUAGCAAAAAAACGAAUUAAAAAACAGCAUACUGUACAGUCAGCUCAAAAAGGAAUAAGCGUUGCUGCAAAGAGCACAAGGAAGGUUGAACUUUCCUGGCUCCACUGUCGUAAGGGAAGUGCAUUCAAAGUAGUUAGAAUGAAAGAAGGAGGUGGAACACGUAAUGUUGAUAUCCCAAAAACUGCGAACAAAGAGGAAAUUGUCAAAAUUGCUGAAGGGGUGUUCUUCCCUGACGAAAAAUCCUGUUUUGGAAAAGCUAGUGAAAUGAAAGUUGAUUUGUUCGAUUUUAAGAAAGAAAAGAUAUCCAGCUCAAUAUUAGUAGAUGAUGAGAAUGUUCCAUUUACCUUAGGAUUUUAUAUUGAUUAUUUUAAGUUGUCUCUCCAAGUGAGACAGUCAGUCUGAGAGGUUUUGGACCUCAAGGGGUAUUGGAUCCCAUUACAGAACAUUGCCCUAAUAAUUUUAUGCAGGAAGAUGACAACGGAGAAACAGAUGAUGAUCUGGAUCAUGAAUCGUAAGUUCUCAGUUUUUAUUCUUAUGAAAAAUUAUUUCCAAUUCUUUUGAUAAAUUUGAGAAUAUUUUGAGUUGGAAUCAAAGUUUGUGUUAUCGGCCACUUCAGCCUUCGAUAGAUAACACAAACCGAGGCCUUGCUAAUUAUUGUUAUCGUACGAAAACCGAAUUCAUUAAUUGUUUUAUUAUAUAUUCAAAAGCUACAACGAAAGCAAGAACCACCAGGAUUUUCGCACGCUUUUUAGCCAGCAAUGUACCGCACCGGGGCUUGGUAGCCACAGCGUGCAAUAAUACUUUUUUGGACCGAACUUUGGUCCACAAAAAAAGUAUUAUUGCACACUGAUGGCGCUAGCAGCUGAAAUAAAGCGACGGCUUCAAGAUACCGAGAAUUAUUCGACACGUUUUGGCCAAUCAUGAACGAGAACAGACUUUGAAUAUAUAAUAACAGAUAUUAGUAGACCUCAUGUUUCGCUCGAUACUCUGGUUUAAAUAAAUGAUGAAAAAGCCCAUUCGAAUUGUGAUCAAGACCCAAACGUUUCGAAACUCCAGUCUAGUGUCUUCAUCUGGAGUGUCGAAACGUUGGGUCUUGAUUACCAUUCGACUGGGAUUUGUAAUUAUUUAUUUAAACCAGAGUAGCGAGCGAAACAUGAUUGAUAUACCUGGUUGCAGUGAACGAACAAACUUUAAAUUAGUAGACCUGUUUUGAAUUUAACACAAUCCACAGUUGAAUGGUGAUACUUACACUGUGGAUUCACUGGAUUGUGAAAUAUAAAGACUAGUUUCACUAGCGACAUAACAAAAUGUAAAACAAAGAAAUGUUAUGAAGUGUGCGACGUAACCAUUGGCAUUAUGAACAUAGGCACAACGGAAGCAAAAGCAUAAGCACCAUAAGCAAGCUUGUGCUUAUGGUGCAUAAGCACCAUAUGCACAACAUAAGCACAACAACAACACUUAUCAUGCUUGUCAGAUGUUGGGAUCCUGGGUAGCGGCGCUACCUGCAAGUGACUGAAGCUAACUGCAAUCCUUGGCCAGAAGGUCUUAUGCAUGCAUGCUUAAGUAAAAUAGAAAAUUUCAUUUUUUCCGAAUACAUUCCGCAAUAUUUACCGACCAGAUUUAAUAAGAGUCGUACCCAAGACGUAAAUUCAUCAAAUGAUGCCAUCCAUAUCAAAAACUUAAAAUUUCCUGUUCUGUGGCCGAAUCUUAUUCGUCAGCCGACAAGAUUGUCGGCUUGAUAUACGAAAAUGUUUCAGCAAUUGGGUUUGAGCAAAUUAGUGGACACUCAAUUUUGACAAUAUGAAACAUAACUCAAAAACAUUUCUUCUGUGCCUGGUCCCAUGUCGCAAUUUGCAAGCUUCGCAAGUUUGGACUACGCAGGGCUAACUGAAAAUGGUUUUUUUGGCUACCUGUAAAACAGAAGCAAAUUAAAAAACAGAGCAAGUUCCUCCUUGCUUUGAUCAACCUCAGAGGGAAAAGCAUGCUUUGUAGUUUCUUAUAGAGUUAUGCACCAGUCAAAGUAAACUCCGACCCCCUCCCCCCCCCACCCCGGACAAAGAGGGGACUUGGUGGGGAUUUAGUGGCUUUUCAGUGUCAUCGAAUUGGUUUUGUCAUUCUGCCGAAUUACGCCGGGAAGAUAAUGAGGAUUGUUAGGGGAUUGUCUGCAGCCAUUUUGUACUAUUUUGUACCGUUUUUCCAAUGGAAUCCCCUGGUUCUACUAUUUUAUACCACGUGACAAAGGUCAAGAUGGCGUGCUCGCAAGGAAGUGAAAUCGAGAGGAAUUUUAUAAAUAUAUUAUUAAUUUAAUUUCUUUUCAAUCUAUAUGCUAAUACCGGUUAAUAUGUCCAUCCAUCCAUGGAAUCUAUUGUCGUGGAAAGCUCGACAUUUGUUUGUUUAUAUUAAUAUGUUUUUAUUGUUCUUCUGAGUUUUGGAACAAAAUAUUAAUAUUUUAAAAUGUGGACGAUUUAAUGCGGCGGCCCGGAGAUUGUCGAGGAGAUAUUAUGCAGGAGAUAAAUUCGCUCACACGACUUACACGACGUCUUUUGCUAGAAAAGUUUGUCCCACAUCGUGGGGCAUUUGUUUUGGUACGGUAUCCAAAGCCAAUCCCCACCUAUAUCCGGGGGGGGGGUCGGUGUUUACUUUGACUGGUGCAUUAUGCGUAUGAAAACCAGGCUUAAUAGUUAUUAUUAAUUUUGACGAUUUCUUUUAAUUAUUUAUAGGCACAAGAUCCCCUUAGCUGCGAUCAAGGUAUGAGUAUAAUAAGUUGACUGAUAUUUUUUCAAAAUCACUGCUGAUACUCUCAAUCGUCUUUGCCCUUUUGUCCAACGAAUGAUAUUAAUAAUGAUAAUAAAAUUGACCUGUUUGAAACAAACUUGUUGGAAAAGUUUCCGUAUUUUGGUGUAAUUUUUAUCUACAAAAGCACUGCUUUUGUUCCAUAAGAAUGUUAAUUGAACUUCAUGUCGCAAACUUAUAAUAAAUUCGAAACUGUGCUUUCGGUGAUUUCAGAUCAAACUGUCUAUAUUCAACAACAAUAAAUCCUGGAGUCACGAUCUUUCUCAGCGGCCAGUUUAUAAUAGUUAUUCCUGUAAACCACCUAUAAAACAUAACUAUUCUCUAUUUAUAACCAUCCGUGUAUCUUCAGUUCUAAAAUGUUGUAUUUCGGCUGAUAAUAAAGAUCGUGACUCAAUAUCUUUACGACCGUUAUCAUAUGGAAACCAAGCUUAAAACUGCAGAUGUAUGGCAGUAUACGCACAUCAUUAUUGACGUACAGUACAUCGUUAUUGAGAUAUAUCAGUGUUUUGAUAAUGCAUUUCAAGCAUUUGACCUCACUUAAUUGUGUAUAAUGAUGCCUAAUGCUUUAUGAGAAAUUGAAUACUUUAAUAACUCAUAUAUGCGUGAUGUCACCUGAAGUGCGUUAUCAAAAGAGCUUAAAUACCGGAACAUUAAUUAACAACUAAGCACAGACUGUAUAUCUGUAAAAGAAGUUAUUCUCUAGUCUUACGAGUUUAUUAAUUUUUAAAACCGUAUUAAUUUUCGUUUUACUUUAAUGUGUUUUUUAUGCUGUUUUUGUAGACGGGACUGAAAUAUGGACGAGAGCAAGCACUUGAUUUACUUGAAACAGUGCCCGACAUUACAUUGGAGAGAAGUAAUAUAACCCAAACGUUACUCAAUAUAUAUAAAUCAAGUGAUUUGUGUAAUACAUUUGUGAACUUUGUCCUUAAGGACGAAAUGGCACAAGAUAGGGAUGGCGUAAAGCGGGAAAUUUACUCCAUUUUCUGGGAGGAGAUAACAUGUCACUACUUUGACGGUGGAAAAAGCUUUGUACCGAGAGUUGGUCCAGACAUUACAGACGACCUGUGCAAGAUUCUUGGGAGAGCGCUUAUUCAUUGCUUUCUUCUUACGCGAAUCAUGCCUAUUCAGAUUUCUAAGGCGUUCAUGAUAGCAGUCAUUGUAGGCGAAGAAUCGCUGUUUGACCAGGACUUCCUGGAUGCAUUCUUGGAGUAUGUCCUCGACUACGAAGCGGCUGUGCUACGGAAGGCCUUGCAAGAAGCUGAAUCGGGAAAGUUGGAAGUGGCAACACAACGGCAAACUUUAGAAAUUGUGUCGCUAUAUGGUAUUAGAGCUUUACCCACGCACGAGAAUAUAAAAUCUUUAUUAAUUAGUACCGCAAGAUGCGAAUUAGUUCAGAAAGUCAAUCGCGCAAUUGGAAAAUUUCGUGAAGGUAUGUUGGAGAUGGGCAGCCAGAUUAUUGCAGAUGCAAGCAAAGAAGAUGUUCUCGAGUUGUAUGCCGAUCUAUAUCCCACUUCUGAAAAAUUGUUGUCACUCGUUAUACCUGACGUCGAUGGUGCCUUAACGAAGCUAGAAGAGGAGGUAUUACAACAUCUGCGAAGAUAUAUAUGUGCAGCCGAUUCUGGAACACUUAAAAGCCUACUUCGGUUUAUUACUGGGAGCCAUUACUUAGUUGCGUCUGAAAUUAAAGUAAUUUUUCACUUGAGCAUUGGAAACAUCCCCUGCUUUGUUGUACAUACCUGUAGUUGUACCGUGGAUCUUCCAGUCGGCAGUUAUCUUGGUUUUGCCGACUUCAAAUCGCAACUUGAUAGUAUUUUGAGUAAUCCUGAAUCGUGGAAAUUCUAUCUUGUAUAG